AUGACUUCCGCAUCGAACUGGGCGUCCCCUCCUACUCGCCCUCCUCUGAUCGAGACCCUCGUCUCCGGCGUUGAUCGUUACAACCCGUCGAAUGUUAGCAUCCUUGAGGACUAUCUCUACCAUCAAAUACGGAGCGAGGAGUAUGACUGCCUGGCGAACCUCGCCAUCCUAAAAUUGUACCAGUUCAACCCCGACCUCUACAACCCCGACGUCGUGAUCAACAUCCUCAUCAAAGCGCUCACCUCCGCCCCCUUCCCCGACUUCAACCUCUGCGUCUCCCUCCUCGACGACCGCCCCGCGCCCCCCGCGAACCAGGACGAGCCCGACCCCCUCCCGGCGCUCCUCCCGACCCUCACCGCGCUCCACAACCUCCUCCAGCAGUGCCGCUUCCCCGCGUUCUGGGCCCUCUACCGCUCGGACGAGGUCGAGGGCCUCCGGGACAACUACACCGUCGAGUGCGUCGGCUUCGAGGACGCGGUCCGGCAGCUCGCGGUGCGCGCCGUCAAGGCGGCGUUCACGAGCAUCGGCAGCGAGCGGCUGGGGACGUACUUGGACCUCUCAGGCGCGGACCUCAGCGCAUACGUCGAGAAGCUCGGCUGGACGACGAACGAGUCGGGAGUGGUCAGCAUCCCCCCGAACCCUGACAACCAGAUCGAGUCGACGGUCGUCCAAGAGAAUAUCCAGCUACCUCAGCUAACAAAAGUCAUCACACACGCUGCGCAAACGUCGCUACCUAUUGUACCUGCUGUAAACUAGUCGCCGUCGUUGAUGUUGUUGUAAGACAUAGAUCCUAGGUGUCAUUUCUUGC